AUGUCGCAGCAACCGAGUCCCUCGCCUCAGCAGGGCCACGAUGCCAACCCUCAGGAUGUUCUUGCUGAGGCUCGCAAGAACCUCCAGGUCUUGAUUGACUCAGGACUGUCCAAGGAGCUUCUGCAUCAGCUGGUCGAUGGUAGCCAGGCUCUCAACCUCAACCUUAACCUCAGCGCGAUGACUGCCAUGCAGUCCAUGCCCACGAUUCCAUCUCAACCUCAGCAUCAGACUCCCUACAGCCAGCAGCCAUCCAACUCGAAUCAUAAUAACAACACCGCGUCGAUUGCUCCGCCGCCGCCAAUGCGAUGCCCUCCUCCGCCUCCUAUUCCCUCAAAUGUUCCCAGUGUCCAGGGCUUGACUCCUACGCCUAGCAGGGGCUCAUCAACCGCCACCACUCCAACUGCUGAUGUCAAGCAUGAAGUCAUCUCCGAGGACGUGAACUGUACGUCAAGCUCAUUCGGCGCCGGGAGUCGAUACCCGAGCUCUUCGAAUCGCGUUGACAUGUAUGCUAAUGAAAACCGCGAUACAGCCAUGUUUCUCCCUCCCCAGGCCGCGUUCAGCCAUCGUCCUCGUAUCUCCGUUUCAUCGACGAGCUCCGGCUCUUCUGGACAUGCUUCCAUCUGGUCCACCAACUCUGGACAGUCUUCAAUGUCUUGGCAGUCUGCGUCUACCUGCAACCGAUCGCAGGCUCCGCUUCCUAUCCCUCCUUCUAGCUCAAUGAACGGACUUGGCCCUAUGAGUGCCCCGGUUGGCACAGCCGGCAAGACCAACAUUUACUGGUGCACCUCGUGCGAGACGAGCUUCAAGCGCAAGUACGACUGGAAGCGCCACGAGGACGAGUUUCACGAGCGCUGGCGCAAGUACCCUUGUCCCGAGCCUGGAUGCAACCGCAGUUUCUGGGGAUCCAACUCGUUCAACCAGCAUCACAAGCAAUGCCACGGCUGCAAGACUUGUCCUCACGCCGAGAAGGUCGUCAAGUUCCUUCGAAAACGCAAGUACUGGGCUUGCGGCUUUUGCUCUGCUCUGCACCCUGCUCGCGAGCGUCACGUCGAGCACGUUGCCCGCCAUUUCGAGUCCGGUAUGACCAAGGGUGAUUGGAUGCACUCUCGCGUUGUGUAUGGUCUUCUGCACCAGCCUCUGAUUCAUGAGGCUUGGGAUGCGUUGGUCGUGAGCAAGCAGCCUGAGUACAAUGGACGACGACCUCAGUUCAGUUGGCACCCAAGCAAAACCGGCCGCGCACAAGGAUUCCUUGAGAACGAGAACCCUGGACAGCUGCAGGAUUUGCUUGAGUUCUUCUCUGGUGAUGAAGGUGAAGCCCAGUGGAUCGUCAGCGUCGCGUACGAUCUUGCCGACAUCGUCCUCACCUCAGCACCCAUCCCCUCGCCGCAGUACUCACAUGCCAGCCUUGGUCCUCAGGGUUUUACGCAUGAUCCUCGCAUGUCGUUCAUGCCUUUGCCCACUCAAAGCCACGCUGGCCACCAGUCGUUGAUGCCUUCACCAGAACCUCAACAGACUCAGUUCAGCACACCCUUCCGAAACACAAUGAUGGUGCCUUCUCAACAGUUCACUUCACCUUCGAGACCGUCACCGGAAUCUUCGGGUCACUCACCGAUGGGACCGUCAACAUCGCCCUUGAUGCCCCCACCGGCGCCUUCUCCUCUCGAAAAGCGUGAGCUGCCGCUACCCCCGCCGCCACACUCUCAGGGACAUGACAACGGAGAAUCAAUGAUGGACUUUGAGUACUCACCAGCUCCCGUGGUAUUUGAAGACUGGGAGAGUCUUACCGGUGCUGUUAUUGAACAGCCUGGUCAACAAAACGGACCACCAGCCGACUGGGGCAUGGUGCAAUAUUUCAACGACCCUCGGGUCACCUCAUAA